AUGGUUGUGAAACCGGGUAUGACCGCGAUGAAGCCGCAAGGGCAGGCUUACAAGGAUAAAAGCAAACCGGCUGACAUCCGUCUGAGCAACAUCAAUGCUGCCAAAGCCGUUUCGGAUGCUAUUCGCACCAGCUUGGGACCGCGUGGUAUGGAUAAGAUGAUCCAAGCAUCGAACGGAGAAGUUACCAUCACAAAUGAUGGAGCAACGAUCUUGAAACAGAUGAAUGUCAUUCAUCCGGCCGCCAAGAUGUUGGUGGAACUGUCCCGUGCACAAGACGUGGAAGCCGGAGACGGUACGACGUCGGUUGUCGUAGUGGCAGGUGCCCUGCUAGAAGCGGUUGAAAAGCUGCUGCAGAUGGGCAUCCAUCCGACAGCCAUCUCGGAAGCGUUCCAGCGUUGUUCCGCAAAGGCGGUGGAAAUUUUGACCGAAAUGUCCCGCCCAGUUGAACUGAACGACCGCGAAUCGCUGAUCAAGAGUGCAUCCACUUCGUUGAACUCGAAGGUGGUCUCGCAGCACAGCAGCAUGUUGGCACCGAUUGCGGUCGAUGCUGUGCUGAAGGUGACCGAAUCACACGACCAAGCAUCGGUAGAUUUGAAGAACAUCAAAAUCAUCCGCAGCCUCGGAGGUACUAUUGAGGACACGGAGCUGAUUGAUGGGCUCGUGUUCACACAACGUUCGUCGGGUAUUAAUGGACCGAAGCGCGUGGAAAAGGCAAAGAUUGGGUUGAUUCAGUUCUGUAUCUCAGCACCAAAGACAGAUAUGGAUCAUAGCGUGAUUGUGUCUGACUAUGCUGCGAUGGAUCGCGUAUUGAAGGAGGAACGAGCGUACAUCCUGAACAUUGUAAAGCAAAUUAAAAAGUCUGGCUGCAAUGUGCUGCUGGUGCAGAAAUCGAUUCUACGCGAUGCCGUCUCGGAUUUGGCCCAACAUUUCCUGGACAAAAUUAAGGUCAUGGUUGUAAAGGAUGUCGAGCGAGAGGACAUUGAGUUUGUGUGCAAAACGCUGCGUUGUCGGCCGAUCGCUUCGCUCGAUCAUUUCCUCGCAGAGAACAUGGUGAACGCCGAUUUGGUUGAGGAAGUGGCCAGUGGAUCGACUAAGUUCGUGAAAGUGACCGGUAUUCAGAACAUGGGACAAACCGUGUCGAUUGUUGUACGUGGAUCGAACAAACUGGUUCUCGAGGAGGCGGACCGUUCCCUUCACGAUGCGCUGUGUGUGGUGCGUUGUUUGGUGAAGAAGCGUGCCCUGAUCGCUGGUGGAGGAGCACCCGAGAUCGAGAUGGCUCUACAGUUGGCAGCCUAUGCUCAAACGCUACAGGGCGUCGAUGCGUACUGUUUCCGUGCAUUUGCGAACGCUCUGGAAGUGAUUCCUUCUACGUUAGCGGAAAAUGCUGGACUGAACCCGAUUGCGACCGUGACGGAGCUGCGCAAUCGUCACGCACAGGGUGAGAAGAAUGCAGGCAUUAAUGUGCGCAAGGGUGCGAUUACAGACAUCCUGACGGAGAACGUCGUACAGCCACUGCUGGUGUCCAUCUCGUCGAUAACGCUCGCAUCAGAGACGGUGCGUUCGAUCCUGAAGAUAGAUGACAUCGUGAACACCAUGCAAUAAGCAG